CCAGAAUCUUCACAUUGCAAUGAAAUACGGAUCCAUUGAGUAUCAUGUCCGCACGUCCAUUGUUCAAGGGGAAGCUCGAGUUGGAAAGACCUGCGUCAAGUCCCUCCUUCUCUCACAGCCUUAUGAGAGCCUUAGCACCAACUGCAUAGAGACACCAGUAAUUGGUACCUUCUCUGUUGAGCGGUAUAGUGCUAGCAGUAGCACUGAUACUACUAAUAAUGAAGGGAGAGAAUGUUGGACUGCUAUUGAAGAGAAGGAAAUGACAGAGAAGAUAAUGGCUGAGCUUCAGAUGGCAGCUAAAACAAAUUUAAGAGAAUCUCUACCGGCCAUGAAAGAGUACAUUAGCACUAAUAAGUUCCUUACUAGUGAUGAUAAAGGAGUUGGUUUAGAGAAAAUUGAUGUUUCUGAGGCUUCAAAAAAAGCUACCACUCCUGCUACAAACAGAGUAAAAGAAAGAGGCAUUAGUGAUAGUAAUUCAGCUAUGCAGUUUUAUGAGCCAGUGUAUGAUGAGAAACAAGAAGUAAAGAGAUUAGGAGAGCAUCGCGACUGGCUCUAUCUCAUUGAUUCUGGUGGUCAGAUCCAGUUUCAAAAAUUACUUCCAGCCUUUAUGCCUUUUGUGUCUGUCCUUAUUCUUGUCAUCAACGUAUCGAAGAGUCUCUCUGAUUUCAGCUCCACAUCAAUGCAGCUUACAAAUGAAGUUAUUGAUGUGGACAAACACUCUUUAAAGGUAAAAGAAGUCUUGAAGCAGCUUUUACUGGCAAUAGUCUCUGCUUCAAACCGACAUGCAUUGGAUAAUCAUGAUCUCUUGCAAUAUGUUGAAGCCCCACCUAAAGAAAUGAACAUCAUUGCUGUAGCUACACAUUGUGACAAAUAUGAGGAGCUACUGAAAGAAGGAAAGGAAAUUGAGACAAUUGAAACAAAAGAGGAAAUGCUUAUGGACAUAUUUAGACCAAUAGAAAACUCUUGCAAAUUAAUUUAUCAAGAUUCAGAGGCUUGUAAGCUCUUUCAUGUCAUUGAUGGUCGCAAAGCUGAGAGAGGAGAAUACAAUGAUCCUGUAAUAGCUCAGAUAUCAUCAAAAUUGAAGGACCAGGCAUACAAGAUAAAAGUCCCUUUGAAAUGGCACUGCUUUGGCAAUUCACUACACAAAGAAGCAAGUAAUGGGUGUGGAGUUAUGUCUCUAUCUCAAUGCAAAGAUAUUGGGAACAAGUUAUACAUGUCUUCAGAUGAAGUUCUCACUUGCCUGAAAUUCCUUCACAUGCUCAACAUGCUGUUCUAUUAUCCAGACUCUCCAGCUAAAGAUAUCGUAUUUGUAGAGUUGGAGAGCCUCAUUGAUAUUAUUAGAGAUCUAAUGGUAAUGGUCUCCAGAGAUAGGCCCAAAUGGGCAAGGGCUUCAUCUGAAGUCAGGGGUUUUGUUACCGAAGGCACAAUAUCUAUUAGUAUACUCAAGAAAUCGGGAAAAUGUGCCAAAAUAUCGCAAGUUUUUCCAAAUUUUGAGUCUGUUCUUUUGGGAGUGUUUGAGCACCUUCUGAUAGCAGUACCACUUCAUGGGGAAGACUGUUUCUUAAUGCCUGCCAUCCUUCCUGCUAAAGAUGUAUCUGAUAUCAAACCAUUCCCCUCUAGGCCUCCUCUGCUUUUUUAUUUUGAGAACUCUGUUCCCAUGGGUCUAUUCUGUGCCACAGUUGUUAAUCUUCUCUCUUUGAAACGGAAUAAUCACAACACUUGGCGAAUUAUCAGAUCAGACGACAACUACUCCAAUCACCUCCUCAUUGCUAAAAGUGGAAUGGAAGAAAGCAUUGUACUAGUUGAAGGCCUGGAUUAUUUUGAAGUCUAUGCUAAAGAGCCUACCUUUCUGGUGACCGAUGAUAUAACAAGUGCCAUUGAUUACACUGUAAGGAAGUGUAAACUCAUUAAGCUAGAGAAGAUACCAAAGGCCUUUCAUUGCCCCUGUUCAGUAAUGCCAGCUCAUGUUGCCAUUGUUGAGGGAGAUGAAGAGAAAGGACUGGAUAUUGGAUUUCAAUGCAUUUUGACUAAGAGGACAGUUGAUAUCAAUGGGGGAAGAAGGUGGUUUAGAACAGGCACAAAAGGCUCACUAGUACCAUUUGACAUCAAGGAAAAGCUAAGUGAAGAACAUGCUCCUCCAAUUCUAGUUGCCAUUAAGAAUUUGGUCAGUGAGUGGCAGAUUGUUGGAACAUUUCUUGAUAUAGAAGAUCGUGUACUAAAAACAAUUGAUUCGGAAUGUAGAGGAGCUGUAGCUGAAUGUAAGAGACGAAUGAUCAUUAGUUGGUUAAAUCAGGAAAAUGCUACAAGAGAGAAAUUGAUAGAAGCACUUGAUAAUGCUGGAAGGCAUGACAUUGCUACUGUUGUUAAGAAAUUAUGAGCAUUUAUGAUAUAACUGUUGCAGUCUAUUAAUGAUCAUGCAUAUUUUUAUUUAAAAGUAUCAUAGCAAAUUCAAGAGCAUGGCUUCAAUUAUGAAGCCAUUGGCAUCAUCGGCUUUAUAGCAUACUGAGUGUCCGUGAAUAACAUUUGAUUUUAUAACUUGUGUAUGUACUAGAAUGGGUGUAUAUAAUUAUGUAUCAUGAGCUAUAUUUUUUAUACAUGCAUGUAUACAGUUUGGUGAGAAAAGGUAAUGCAGGAACAUUUUUAAUAAUGAGAGCUGUUAAAUGUAUUCUGAAUCUUUUUUAGUUGAUUGUAUAAAUGAUUAAAAACAUGUAA